AUGUAGCAACCGCAAUUCACACUUGUGGAAGCUGCUACUUAGUUAUACAAAAACAAAAAUAUUUUCUUGAACCAAAUCCCUCCUCCUUGCUACAGUUACACCUAGUGUGGUCAUGUAACAUUUAGCUGUGCUGCCUGUUAAAUUGGAGAGAAGGUGAGUGAAUUACCUCUGUGUAUUUCACAUGCAGCCCUGUCACAUUACAUCAUUGGUUUCUCCUUGCAAAUUGCCAUCUGCAAGUCACAGCUCGCAACAUCCUAUAUAAUAAUAAUCACAGAGUCCCAAGAGCUAGAAUCACCUUUCAGGAUUUUGAGACGUCUUCAGGGAUUUAGAAGUUGAGCGACUUCCUUCUAAAACAUUUAAAUGUCUAAUCGUAUAUUCAAACAAAAUGAAUUCUCAUCAAUGUAUCAUAGAUACAUGCCCCCACCCUCACAAGAUAUCAUAGAUCUGAUAUUAUCGUAUAUGGAAAAAAAGAAAGCAAAACCCUAUGAAGUGGCAGUGGAUGUUGGCUGUGGAACUGGAAGAUACACUGAGCUACUUGCUUCUCAUUUCCAGAAGGUUCUUGCUUUUGACAGCAGUGAAUCUCAGAUAAAUGAGGCCAAGAGAGCUGGCUCAUCCAAGAAUGUCCAAUAUCAAGUUUCUGCAUGUGAGAACUUACCUGUGGAAGAUGAAUCAGUUGAUCUGAUAAAUGGAGCUCUUUCAGUAAACUAUUUUGAUUUAGAUACAUUUUUCCAAGAAGCUAUUCGGAUUCUGAAGCCCAAUGGUUGCGUUGCUUUUUAUACCAUUAAAGCUGACUUCAAGCUUGAAUAUGGAAAUUGCUCAGAGACUCUGACAGACUUUUUUAAUCAGGUCUGGAAUGCUUGUUUCAAAUAUGCUGAUAAAUCCAUGGAACAUGUGCUUGAUGACUUCCAAGAGAUAUUCAAGGCUCUGCCAUUAAGCGAUAAAACAUGGACCACCAAUAUACCACAAACUGUUCCAAUAACUCUGCAAGAUCUUAUGGGUUUCUUCAGAUCACUUUACAUGUCCCAUAUUUAUGCUGAUCAAGAUCCAUGUGGAGCCAAAGAAUUCCAUAUAAGGAACGAAAAGAGAUUUCAGGAGAUCCUGGGAGCAGAUUUUGAAAAAGCUGUCAUGAAACUUCACUUGAAACAUUGCUGUGUCCUUGGUUGCAAGUCCUCUGAGUAGGCAGAAUUAGAAACAAAACAUUGGAAAACCUACAGAUCUAUAGAGCUAAAGAGAAUUAAUAAAAUUUGCAUUAUUAUUUUUAAGAUUUACAAAUAAAAAACCUCAUUAACUUGUUUUCUUCAAAUGCAUAUCAAUAAUUACUUUUUAUUGAAUUAAGAGCAAUAAAUGUAUACAACGCUGCCAUGCAAAA